AUCGACUACCUAAAUAUUUCUAAAUUCUAAAUAUUUUUUAGUAUAUCGAUACGUUUUCUUUUUUCUUUUUCUUUUUUUUCGUUUAUGUCUUUUCACCUGUAUAGACAAUGACAAUGAAUUCGCCCCGCCCUUGAUGAUCAUCACCCCGUCUGUUAACUAAGACCUCACGGAAAAUGGCGUCGUUACACCCACCAGUACCCUCUAUCCGGCUUCUUAGGUUUCUCCGAUUGCAAUCAGAAAAUCUAAGCUUCUUCAAUCCAAACCAUGACAGUACUGCUCGCUUAGGCCAAGUUCCGCGCAAGGUGUUAUGCGCUGCUAAAAGAUAUUCAAGGGCUUCACGAGCAGAUACGUCGGAAGUUUCUCAAGACGCCCCAUUACAAGCUGGAAUAUUGGACUUGGAUUCGCUCCUACAACAAGGCCAAGCUCCAAAGAAUGUUCGCAAGAAGAGUCUACCGUAUUUCUCUCCGAAUAUAACCGUACGAUACAAUUCGUCGAAUCGACCGUCAACCCCGUGUCCACCGACUUGGCGAGAGAGGCUCUGGGGAUUUGGGACAGGCAAAAACGCCAAACCUUUAGAGCCUGAUGACCUGCCGGAUGCAGAUAGAGCCGAUAACAAUUCCAUGUUUAACAUGCGACGCCAGCUCAGUCAAAAAGCGGCUUUAGAACCACGACUACGAUGCACCGAAGUUGACGAGAACGGAAAUGUUAUAUUGGUGGACGGAGAAUUUAAAAAGAGCGAACUUAUCGCAAGGUUUGGCCUGCUGCCCCGCGAUUUGCGAAAGAUCGAUUCUUCCAACCUACCGCAUAUCCUCGUUCGACCGACAGCUAUCCUAUUGAACUUACUUCACCUCAAAGUGUUAAUCAAAUACAAUCGCGUCCUCUUAUUCGAUGUAUACGGGUCCAAAGCCUCCUAUCCCCAGUCUGCAUUUAUGUAUGAUUUACAGGGGAAACUACAACAAAAAGCAACUCCUGGGAAUACCAAUUUACCAUACGAAUUCCGUGCUUUGGAAGCGGUCCUUCAAUCCGUAACCCAAGAAUUGGAAGCAGAUUUUGAGGCAGUUCGCGAACCGGUAAUCCGUAUAUUGAGCGAGCUUGAGGAUGAUAUCGAUCGGCACAAGUUGCGCAUUCUCUUGGUCCUGUCCAAGCGAGUCAGCACCUUUGAACAAAAGGCAAAGCUUGUCCGUGACGCCAUUGAGGAGCUCCUUGAAGCCGACGAUGACUUAGCGAGCAUGUACCUAACGGAAAAAACACAUGACCUCCAUCGCAACCUCGAUGACCACACCGAGGUUGAGAUGCUACUGGAAUCUUAUCAUAAACUCUGCGAUGAAAUCGUCCAGGAAGCACAGAAUUUAGUGUCAAGCAUUCGGAACACUGAAGAGAUUAUUCGUGCAAUUCUUGACGCAAACCGCAACUCCCUCAUGCUCUUGGACCUGAAAUUCAGCGUAGGGACGCUUGGUUUAGCCAUGGGCACAUUCAUUGCUGGUCUUUACGGAAUGAAUCUAGAAAAUUUCAUCGAAGAAACGCACUGGGGAUUCGGUGCCGUAACCGGCGCUUCUAUCAUAUUCUCGCUCAUAGUAUGCAAAUAUGGGCUCGCGAAGCUGAAAAAGGUCCAGCGCGUAAAGAUGCAAGGCGAAGAUAGAAAGGGUCUAGACAACGAGUACCACUGGUUCCAUGACGAAGGAAAUGUGGGACUCUUAGAUCCUAGAAAUCGCGAAAUGUUGAGACGCCUCAACAUGAAGAAGGCGGAUAUGGCCAUGGCCGAAAAGAGACGACGAUGGGGGAUUUAAUGAUAUACGUGCUACCCAGAAGCACUACAGGUUUAUGCCUACGAGAUUAUGCUCGUAACUUGGCUUGGUAGCAUUAUUUGGCGUUUUGGCAGGUCCGAAUUUUUCGGAUGCAGCAAAGUGGUUCGGAGUUGGUAAUUUAUGUACUAGACUCUCCGACCUGCAGGUUUUCUCAUCUCUCAUAGAUCUAUACCCAUCAUAGACAACAGCCUGUCGUCCUGCCUUUACUAUAUUGGACUCGUCCUCACGAACUACCCGAUAUUAUUAUGUAUAGGAAAACAGCGAAGUGGCUAGCCGAUAUGUAUAUUCAGUGGAUCUAUAAACAGUACAAAGAACUGAAGUGUAACGAACGUUUCUAAAUCCCGUCUACUCCUUCGCCCCCAUCCGACCCCG